CGUUUUUUUUCGGCUGUUCUCGGCGCGAACCAAGAGCAGCCAAGAGUGUGAGCGUUUGUUGUUUAUACGUUCGGUCAUAUUGUUCCAAGUGUAAAGAAAGAUUGUUAUAAAAACAGUAAAGCCUCAGUACCAAUAAAUCGCUCACGAUGGUGAAACUUACGCCGGAGCUCAUAGAGCAGUCGAUGCAGUACAUUAAUCCUGUGCGGGAUCGCGAGUUAGAUCUCCGAGGAUAUAAGAUACCCACCAUCGAGAACCUUGGCGCGACCUUGGACCAAUUUGACACGAUAGACUUUUCUGAUAACGAUAUACGGAAGUUGGACGGUUUUCCACUUCUGAAGAGGAUUAAGACUCUGUUUUUCAAUAAUAAUCGCAUCGUCAGAAUUGGUGAAGGACUAGAACAUUGCAUUCCAAACUUGAAUACACUGAUGCUGACUGGCAAUAUGAUACAAGAACUGAGUGACCUGGAGCCUUUGAUACCAUUGAAGAAUCUUGCAAACUUGUGCCUAUUACAAAACCCAGUAUCCGCUAAGCCACAAUACAGACAGUACAUCGUCUACAGGUUUCCUCAAUUGAAAUUGCUCGAUUUUCGAAAAAUUAAGCAGGCGGAACGUGAAGCGGCAAUGGAAUACUUUAGAAGCAAGCGUGGCAAAGAGGUGGCACGCGAGAUAGCUAAGAAGGUGAAAGCACAAACAGCGGGUAUGUCUGCAGACAAACCUUUGACCACUCUUGAGGAACGUAACAAAAUUCGAGAAGCCAUCACGAAUGCAUCUUCCUUGGAGGAGGUCCAGAGGCUCAGCAAAUUGUUGCAGGCUGGUCAUAUACCUGGUGAGGAACGAUUGCAAAAUGGUAGUGGAUCUGUGGAACCUAUGGAAGAGGAUGAUGAUUAACUUAUAAUUUAAUUCUGAAAAAGAAAAAUGAACUUCCUAUUGUAAGUAUGCAGCUUGAUGGAGUAAGGCGUGAUAAUAGUAUAUACGAUGCUGAUAAGAAAUUGUAUACUACACAGAUCUACUACUAUCUUUAAAAUAACACAGAUACUACUUUUUUGUAAAAAUAAAAUAUGGAGACUAGCUUGGAAGCGAUUUUUCUAAUUAUUCCUUAUUAUUGCAUUGAACGCUAUUCUAAUAUAUCGAUGUGUUUAUUUCAGCAAUAGUAAUAAACUUUUUUCAAGCAA